AUGACCUCCACCAUGACGUACGGGUCUGGUUACAACAACUGGGGUGGCUCUGGCUACAACGACUGCGUGCAGAAGUGCAUUGCUGACUUCGGUCCCCCGCCCUCGACCUACACCCCCUCGUCGUCCUACAACUCCAACGACGGCAAGUACCACGGUUCCACCGGUUCUGGCACCACCCACACCGUCAUCGUCGCCCCCACCCAGGGCAUGCUCAAGUACGUGCCCUUCGCGGUGAACGCGUCUGUCGGCGACACCGUCAAGUACGUCUGGGGCGCCAACAACCACACCGUCACCAAGUCGUCCGCCCUCGAGCUCUGCAACAAGACCUCCAACGCGCCCUUCGCGUCCGGCACCCAGAACAAGACCUUCGAGUUCACCCAGGUCGUCAACGACACCAACCCCGUCUUCUUCUACUGCGGCACCCCCGGUCACUGCGAGAAGGGCAUGUUCGGUAUGAUCAACGGUGCUUCGGCUGCUGGCUCCUCCGGCUCGGUCGCCUCGAUGAUGUCUUCCGCCGUUGCCAACUCCUCGGACAUGGCCGCGAUGAUGGCGUACACCAACACGCUCACCGCCAACAACACCGCGGCCGCGAACUGGGGUCAGAACAUCGACAUCUCCUCGCUCCCCGGCUGGGCCCAGACCUCGGCGCUCGAGAACGUCCUCCUCACGCGUGCGUUCCUUGCGCUCAACCCCGAGGCUCUUCAGGCGGACGGCUCGAUCAAGAUGGACGGUGACGCCCCGCUCAUGUUCCCCACCGACAUGACCGUGGUCAACAACGCUGUCGACGCCGCGCCCUCGGUUGGUUCGUCCAGCGCCGCGCCCUCGUCCGCGUCCGCCGCCGCCGACACCAAGGAGACGUCGAAGUCCAACGGUGCCGUCUCGAAGGUUGCGUCGACGGCCGUCCUCGGUGCCGCCGCGUUCGCCGCCGUCAUCCUCGCGCUCUAA